AUGUAUUAUAAGGGAAAGAAUGUUUGUUUGGAAGAACUUUUUUCACGAGCAAACAUCUCAAUUUUGUCAUUAGUUAUAUGUCUAUACACAUCUUUCUUUAAUCAUUCUGAUGACGCGAAUUGUGAUGCAAUUCAGGCUAAUUACGACAAAGAUAAAACACAAUCAGAAAUAACAAGAUUGUCAAUUCCAGAAAAUGAUGAGUCAAAUUAUUGUGUGGUUGGUGAAAUGAAGUUUAUAGCUCUCCGCGAUAUUCUUAAAGGAGAACUUACUAUUUCUUAUAUUCAAGACGAGAUACAACUUCAAUCGCGUCGACAGAAACUUUUAAGUGAAUAUUAUUUUUUGUGUCAAUGUUGUAAAUGCAUUACAAAGGAACAUGGUAGGAAGAAAAAAAGAAAAAUAUUAAGGAUAGCAAUAUAA